UAUGAUUGGCCGCUGUAUACAGCGCUUGAGCCACCUUGAAUGAGAGACAGGGGUAACUAGGCAACUUCAGCGGCGGUAAAAUAAUUUUAAAAAUAAGAUAAAAAAUACGAUAUGUCCACGAAACACUGAAAUAGUAAAAUUGUCGAAAAAUGAGAGGCGACCCAAUGUGAUUUUAUUGCGUGCGUGUCCGGCAAAUGGAAUUAAGGAAUGGAUUUUUUUCUCUCUAAGAAGCGAAAACAGAUCGCGCAAACGAACCGGAACCUGAUUUGGAUUAAAACGGUUAAACUGGAAAUUUCAGCAUAGCUGUCAUAUGAAAGGUGCUAAUGGAGGGAGGGACAGAGAUGUACAACAGAAGGACAGUCUCUGAAGUGUCCUACCAAAGAGGAAUACCAGUACUCAACCUGGACUAAAGAAUAAUACAGUACUACAACAACAACCCAUGUGUUCUCUUUGGAAGGAGGAAUUCACCAAUCACUAAGUGGGAUCUGCACUAAAGAGCAAUAGAGGGACCAUGUAAUACUUGACCUAAUUUGAGGAACAUCUAGCCACCAUGUUAGAACUAGUCUGAAGCAGAAGGACCGCUACAACAUCUACCUGUCAUCAGCUCUACCAGGAUGGGUCCAAAUUGAAGGAGAUCUGAACCCCUGGAUCUCUUCACCAAAGAGGAAUAACACCAGGCUUCUCACCAUGGACUUGGAGGAAAACUCUGUCCUAGACCUGGAGUAGAGGGAGUAGUGGCUCUGUCCUAGACCUGGAGUAGAGGGAGUAGUGGCUCUGUCCUAGACCUGGAGUAGAGGGAGUAGUGGCUCUGUCCUAGACCUGGAGUAGAGGGAGUAGUGGCUCUGUCCUAGACCUGGAGUAGAGGGAGUAGUGGCUCUGUCCUAGACCUGGAGUAGAGGGAGUAGUGGCUCUGUCCUAGACCUGGAGUAGAGGGAGUAGUGGCUCUGUCCUAGACCUGGAGCAGAGGGAGUAGUGGCUCUGUCCUAGACCUGGAGUAGAGGGAGUAGUGGCUCUGUCCUAGACCUGGAGUAGAGGGAGUAGUGGCUCUGUCCUAGACCUGGAGUAGAGGGAGUAGUGGCUCUGUCCUAGACCUGGAGUAGAGGGAGUAGUGGCUCUGUCCUAGACCUGGAGUAGAGGGAGUAGUGGCUCUGUCCUAGACCUGGAGUAGAGGGAGUAGUGGCUCUGUCCUAGACCUGGAGCAGAGGGAGUAGUUGCUCUGUCCUAGACCUGGAGCAGAGGGAGUAGUGGCUCUGUCCUAGACCUGGAGCAGAGGGAGUAGUGGCUCUGUCCUAGACCUGGAGUAGAGGGAGUAGUGGCUCUGUCCUAGACCUGGAGUAGGGGACAGGGGGUAGGUCACAAGGGGUAGGGGACAGUUGGGUUGUGGGCAGUCCAAAGGAGGUAGGGUGUGUGUGAUAACCAUCCUGGAGUAGGGGAUAGGGGAUUAGUCCACAGGAAGCAGCAGAGGAGUGAUAACCCCAUGGUGGAUCUGCUGUGAGGAGGACUGAGGACAGGAAGGACCCAGGAGGAUGUCAUCAGCCGGAGGAGAGUCAGCCAGCUCGGAGCUCCAAGCAGGUGUCAAAACCAGCACUCUGAGACGGGAGUCCAGGAGGACUAAAGGUCAGGACCGCACUGAGACAGGGCUGAUUAAGCGUUUCCGUGGUGAUGGCGUGCGCUACAAGGCCAAGCUGAUCGGGACUGAUGAGGUGACAGCGGCACGCGGGGACAAGCUGUGCCAGGACUCCAUGAUGAAGCUCAAGGGAAUGGCUUCGUCAGCGCGCUCCAAAGGAGAGCACAAGCAGAGAGUCUUCCUCACCAUCUCCUUCGGGGGGAUCAAGAUUUACGACGAGAGAUCAGGGGUUCUGCUGCAUCACCACUCAGUGCAUGAGAUCUCCUAUAUCGCCAAGGAUACCCGGGAUCACCGGGCCUUUGGCUACGUCUGUGGGAAGGAGGGACACCACAGGUUUGUGGCCAUCAAGUCUGGCCAGUCGGCGGAGCCACUGAUCAUUGACCUGCGUGACCUCUUCACGCUCAUCUACGACAUCAAGCAGCGCGAGGAGAUGGAGAAGAAGUCCCAGAAGGACAAGCAGUGUGAGCAGGCCGUCUACCAGACCAUUCUGGAGGAUGAGGUGGAUGAUCCAGUUUACCAGUACAUUGUGUUUGAGGCUGGACAUGAGCCCCUCCGUGGCCACCAAUCAGAGGAGAGCGUUUACCAGGUCCCUACCGCUACCAGUCAGCAGAAGGGAGAAGGGAUCUAUGACGUCCCAAAACGCCAUUUUAUGACUAACAUCAACCACUUUGAUCUGUUCGGAGACAUGUCCACUCCACCCUCGAUGCCCCCGUCCCCGGCCAACACUUUGGACCCCAGCAGGAGCCACCACCAGCACCAGCACCAGCACCCCCCAGAGAUGUUCACCGGCCCCUUCAGCCCCACCUCUGUCCCCUCGGGGUACAUGACCAUGGGGCCAGUCCAGGCAGCCCAGUGGGCCCAGCAGGGAUCCUUCUCUGGCCAAGCCCAGACCCUGGCCUUUGGGGUGCAGGGGCCCCUCCAGGUUACCCAGGUCCUCCCGGGAGGCCAGCCCGUCAUCUGGAGCCAGGCCAACAUCUUCCCUGCCACCCAGCAGCAGUGGGCCGCCAUGGCUGCCUACAUGCCCGCCCAGGCCGUGGGCGUGGGGGGUCACCACCUCCCCAUGAUGGUGCCCAUCACCACCGUGUGCCCUGGCCCCCAGGGCCUACACUAUGACCUCUCCUCCACCCCCUCCUCGGCCAUCACCAGCCCCCAGCACCAGGCGAUGGACCCCGCCCUGCUCCAGCAGCUCCAGCAGCAGCACAGCCUCAGUGGGGAUUCUGACGCAGGAGAAGGCCCCUCUUCGCUGGGCCUUGUCAUGGUGGGCAGCAGGUGUGGAACACCUGGGCCGAUGAGUCCCACUUCAAUGGGUCUGGGUGCUGUGGGCAGGUGUGAGACGCCUGUUAGCCUUGUCAUGAUGGCGAGGUGUGAGACACCCGGCCCUGGUCCAGUGAACGUGCCUCCUGACACCCUGGUCUGUAGCCAGCUGUGCCUGGGGUCACCGGCUGUGAUGUCACCAUUGGCCUUGACCCAGGAAGAGGAAGGCAGCUGUAGUGACCUUGACCUCUCUCGGAUGACCUUGAGUCCUGGCAUGUCCACCUCACCGUCCACUGACUCAGCCCCAGCCCCCCAGCCUGGACCGUCCUCAGACUCCGCCUCGUCCCAGACCAGUGACCCCCCCACAGACCACUCUCCCAUCCAAACACAGGCCACACCCCCCAGCACCAGGGAGGAUGACUCGGGCUUAUGCACCAGGGCUCUGUCUCCCUGUCCAUCCGGAGAUGCUCCACCUGAUUCUCCCCAGGCCCAGAUCUGUCCACAGGAAGACAGUUAGAGAACUCUGGGAGAAGGGACCUCUGUGACCGUCAGGAGGAUAGAAGAAGAUGAGAGGAGAGGAGGACAGCGGACUGAGAUAUGGAGGAGAGGAGACUCUGGACUCCUAUGUCCCUCCUAAUAACUUGAUUACACGGAUCUCUGUUCUGGAGAAUGCUGAUAUUGGCAGCCUAAAGCAGCAAUAUCAUAGGAUUGGCUUCUUUCCUGAGCUGGACAGCACAACACUGUCCUCACAUGCUGUCUUUCCCCCCCAGCCAAUCGGAAGCCCUUUCUCCCAUGAAGUGACCUAUGAUCUUUGACCAAACUGUAGCAGUGGGUCGUUACCAUGACAACUUCCUGCCACAGGUCAGUGGGCGGAGACAUCUUAUCUAUCAUGUGGCCUGGGAGGACCAAUCAAACUGCAUGGUCAGGAUGAGGAUUCUAAUGGGUUCUAAGGAUUAAAUCAUUUUUUGGGGUGAUUUUGAGGAGGAAUGGUGUCCUAUGUGGUUAUACCCUUCGUUUGAAGAACUGCCACGCGACUCAGAGUACUCACUGUGUAGAACAGAUGGAUUUGCAAAAUGUUUUCAAACAGCUGACUUGUUCCAUUGGCAUGAACAGACUAUGUAUUGUGGAUCCAGCGAAACUGCGAGACAACUGAUCUCCAUAGCUUCAUAGCUUCCUUUUCAAUGCUUAAAGAUAAAAAUAUAAUUUUUAUUUUGUGAGCUGCGACUUCUGAGUUGACGCUUCUGAGCAUUUUAUGGAUAACGAAAACAGCUUCGAAGCAUCAGUCGAAAUAAUUCCUGUUUGCCAAACUUCUAUUUUGUAAAUAAGAUUUCCUCAAGACCCCUUACACCGGAAUCUCUGUGCCAAAAGAUAGGUCUGUCGUCUGCCUCUCUGAUGCAACCUACCUGUGGCUCUCUCAACUUUAAAGCAAUGCCAUACCAGCACCUCUGUCUGUAUUGUCUGGAUGUUUGCUUUGCUUUCUUGACAUUUUCUUUUUUUACUUUCUGUUUCUGUGUUGGGUUUGGUCAGUCAGUCUGUGACAUAUGAACUGUGAAUCUGUGUUACAUAGCCGUUGAAUCAAAGCAACGAUGGGGAUACCUGCUACCUACGUAUGACGUAACUCACUCUUUUGAAAAUAAAAUGACCAUCUUCACACACAAAAUAAAAGAUCCACAGGCCAAUAAA